AUGGAAGAUGCAGGCGCUCCGACGUGGGACCUCACUGCGGAGCAGCAACGGGUUGUAAGACAGGCCCAAGUCAUUGUCAUGGAUCAACAUUCCGGAGGUCCGCUGUUCCUCGCGCCCGACGAAAGUUUACCUGAACCUAUUCGCGACAUACUCCGGAACAUCGAGUGGGUGCAAGGCACGUAUGUGGGUGUGGAACAGUAUUUGGACCGAUUACCACACGGAGGGAACGCGCUGACGACGGAUCAACUGCCUACAUUCACGUUGACUCGAGCUGGCGGGUUCCUGCCCCGUAUCAUGGGUCAGUAUGUGUUCGGCUACGUUACGAUGCUCGAACGAAAGCUGGUGGAAGCCCGUGACGUUCAGAAUAAUCGCGAGUAUGCUAGAGAAGCGAUGAUUCAAUUCAGACGACCGCAGACGAUGACGGUCGGUAUUUUGGGACUAGGAGAUAUCGGGCAGGGAGUAGGCAAGAUGCUGAAAGGAGCGGGAUAUAACGUGCUCGGGUUCAAACGCCGCGCGAGUUCUAGGCUGGAUACAGACCUCUCUGCUUGUACCGAUCAUGUCACGUCUGACCUUGAGACGGUGCUUUCACAGAGCGAUAUUAUCGUGGACGUUCUACCCAGCACGAGUGCGACACGCUACUUGCUGCAUGAAAACAACUUGAAGUGUUGCAGCGAGCGCCAACCAGUCUUUAUCAACAUCGGACGUGGUGACGUCGUUGCAGAGAAGACGAUUACCGACGCUUUGGACAAUGGCACGUGGUCACGUGCUGUAUUGGAUGUGUUUGAAGAGGAACCGCUACCACGUGAAAGUGCUUUGUGGACGCAUCCAUCUGUGUUGAUCACUCCACACGUGUCCGGCUACGUAUUUGUCGAAGACGUGGCAAGCAUGUUCGUGGACAACUUCAAUCGCUAUUUGCAGGGUGAGCCCGUUCUGUACAAGGUGGACUGGACUUCAGGCUACUGA